GUUCGACUCUUAGUUAUCGACUCCCUUGCAGAUCUAUUUGCUGACGGCGGACAAAGUUCAACCUUAACCCUCGUCGAACGCUCUCGCAGCCUCUCCGAAAUUUCCGUAAUGCUCCACCGUUUGGCCUCAGAGCAUCAGCUCGCUAUUGUCGUUGUUAAUAACGUCGUAGAUGUCUUCAGCACCGCACAUGAUGCAGACACCGGACAACGAGGCGAGCUGAUAUACAAUGACCAAGCGCGAUUUUUCGGCCGUGCGGAUAGUCUGGCGGGCGAGGACAGGAAGAGCGCCGCGCUGGGUUUGGUAUGGGCGAAUCAGAUCAACGCGAGGAUAAUGUUGACGAGGACGGGUAGGAGGAGAUAUGUGGAUGCGAGUGAAAGGGUGGCGGUGAAGAGGGCACGUCCAGUUGGGAGAUUGAGGCCGCCAAAUUCGUCGUCGUCGGCCUCGGGUCGGUCAUCUACGCCUCAGCAACAGACAAUCGGAUCGCAGGAUCAGACGAUUUUGGUUCGAAGACUGAACAUUGUCUUCAGUUCGGUCUGUUUGCCUGGAUGGGUGGACUUUGUCGUCACUUCGCAGGGU